CAUACAUCUUGUGACUAUAUAUUUCCCAGUUUGUCAUCAACUAAAAUAAUUGGAUUUAACUAAAAGUAAAACAGUAAACUAAAAGGACACGAGGUUUGCAGUUGUUGAAAUAAUAAGGUUAAUUAUUAGGUAUGUCAUCCAGAAAAAAAGUUCUCCUGAAAGUGAUUAUCCUUGGAGAUAGUGGAGUAUAUUUACUAUCAACUGAGCUUACCACUACUUUACACAACCAAAAGAAGAAAUAAAGUUGAAUUCCAAGAUCCACAUUUCUGCUACCUUCAAAGGUCCUGUUACUGCACUUCAGGAACACACUCCUGGAGUUUCAAUGGAAACCAGAUGUACUCUGAUCUUUCUAAAUCCUUGAAUAGUGGAUAGGUGCCAGAUGAUUGGAAGUUGGCUAAGGUCACUCCCUUUUUCAAGGGAGGUGAUAAACAUUGUCCAGUGUUGGAAAAACAUCACUAAUGAACCAGUAUGUUAUUAAGAAGUUCAGCAACCAGUAUAAAGCCACAAUUGGAGCAGAUUUUCUUACAAAAGAAGUUAUGGUAGAUGACAGAUUGGUCACUAUGCAAAUCUGGGAUACAGCUGGUCAAGAACGGUUCCAGUCUCUGGGUGUAGCAUUCUACAGAGGAGCUGACUGUUGUGUUCUUGUGUUUGAUGUCAUGGCUCCAAAUUCUUUCAAGUCUUUGGACUCCUGGAGGGAUGAAUUUCUCAUUCAAGCAUCACCCAGAGACCCUGAAAAUUUCCCAUUUGUAGUAAUUGGAAAUAAAAUAGAUCUGGAAAACAGAUUGGUGUCCACUAAACGAGCUCAAGGCUGGUGUCAAAGUAAGAACAACAUACCAUAUUUUGAGACAAGUGCCAAAGAAGCUAUCAAUGUGGAACAAGCAUUUCAGACUGUUGCAAAGAAUGCUUUGGCUCAAGAAACAGAAGUGGAGCUAUACAAUGAAUUUCCAGAUCAAAUAAAGCUGACAAAUGAUCAAAAUCCAAAAUCAGACGGGUGUGCAUGCUAAUUCAUUUUUUUUUUUUUGCCUUGUGUGAUUUAAUAUAAAUAAAAAGUGGCUAGAGGAAGGUCAUUCUGUGAGGUGUAGUUUGGUCCAAAAGAAUUACUAUUCCCAACUUCAUUUGCACAUGUGUCUGCUCUGUGUCUAAGAAAGGCCACCUAACCUUUUUUAUAUCCUAAACAGUGCACCCUAUUUGUAAUACAGUCAAAGUGUUGUAUAGAUAAUGAAUAUCUUGUAUUGGAUUUUUUUGAAUUCAUUUGGUGUGCUUGUUAUAUCUUCCUCAAUUAUAAAUGUGAAAAAAUUAAGGGGCCUCAGUUUGUGACAUUAUAAAGCUAUUGCAUCUUCAGUUAUAUAUGACAGUAAUAACAUUGUAGGACCUUUGUAUAGUGAAAUAUGUUUAUUUAUAUUCUGUGUGAGUGUUUAAAGAUCUAUCUUCCUUCUAAGGUUUCAAAAUUGAAAAUAGAAUAAGAUGUAUCAAAAAUUUUCAGUGUUCUAAUAAGUAAUGCUUUAAAUACUUGUAAAAAAAAAGAUUAAUCUAAAAAACAUUACACAUUAGGUGGUGCAUUUUUGAAUCACUUUAAAUAUUUUUUUAAAAGAGUACACUGUUGAAAUAUUUUUUAAUUUAGUGAUCUACAUGUUUUUAUAAAUAGUGGCUAAAACUUUGCACUUAAAAAAUUGAUGCAACUGAGUAAUUGUUAAGGAGAAGGUAUAUAGAUAUGUAAACUAAUUAUAGACAAGAUGUAUAAUUUUUAUAUAUAUAUAUAUUUUUCCAGUUCUUGACUCUGAUUUAUUCAGUCAAAGUGUAAUAAAAAUAAUUUGAUAGAAACAUAUAUUUGUAAUGUAAGCAGAACUGAACUUACAGCUGACAUACUAACACUAGUCAUAAAAAGAUUUGUUUGCAUGAUGAAAGUGAUACAGUAUGUAAUGUCUGUUGUUUUGUAAAUUGAAAGGUAAUUUACUGUUAAUAACAAAUAUUAAAUAUGAAGAUAAGGUAGAUGAAAUGAAAAUAGUUGUAUGAAGUGAAGAAGCAGAAGGUAAUAAAGUAAAGUAGAUGUAUUCAUUCUAACAUGAAGCAUAUUCCAAAAUUAUCAAAAUCCAAGCAGGUCGACACCUUAGGUAUAGCAUUUACAGGAAAUAGUUUUGUAAUCAUAACAGUCACUGACACUAUUGUUUAUAGUACAUUUAAAAGAAAAUAUUCAUUGACACACAUACAUUUUUAACCAUAACUGUUGGAAGAAAGUAUUGACAAUAUAGUAGCUAGUGAAUGCAUUCCUGCUGGUUGGUUAUUUGAAAUUAUAUUUAAUAAGUUGAAAGAGCUUGUCUGUCUGGAGCCAGAGGUAACUUAUUAGCCUGAUGUAAGUAACCAACAAGUGUGUAAACACAGAUGAGUAGCAAUAUAAAUAACUUUAUUUUGUAUUCUAUGAAGUUUAGAAAGUUAAUUUGUGACAUUAUGGAUCUACAACCAUACUCAUAGAGCAAUUAACUAUGAUGGAAAUGGUAGAACCCUUAAGUUUUUUCUGCCCAUAGCAACACAAAACUAACUGAUUAAAACUUCCUAAAACAGAGUGAGAAAAUAUGACUUUUUUUCAGUUUAACUUCUUAUUAAAAAUAAAUCCAGAAAUUUAAUUUUUGUAAUGAAAGUCUGAGAAACACCAGUUAAGCAGAGAGUAAUUUUAUAAACCUAUUUUUCAGUUUUUUUCAUGAACUUAAAUUGGAAGACAAUAAUGUAUUUCUGACCAGUUAAAGAUGACAUACAAUUUAGUAUACCAAGAGGUAAGGUAAUUUAAUUUGGUCUGAACUUAAGCUGCAAUGUGAAAGAGGUCAGAUGAGGAGCUUCAUAUAGCAGGACAGAAAGAACUUCAAACCACUGAAUGAAUAUUAACUUUAAUAGUACAAUCAUUUGGAAAAUUUAACAACCUAAGCAAGUAUCCGAGGAGUCAAGAGUGAAUUUUAUAUGUUAAACCAGCAUAGAGUACUAAAUCCUAUGAUUUCUAAAUGUCUAAAAAGGUGUAGAAUUAUUAUUCAAUCUUAUGUAACAUUUUUUGGGGUCUAAUCAAAUUAUCGGACUUUUAAUGUUCUGCUGUUCCAUUUUGGGUGUUAUUCUUCCCAAGGAAAGAAGUCACUGCUGAAAUUAAAACAGGAAGUUUGUCUGUACAACUAAUAAGACUAAUUGAUCAACAUCAUACCUUUUAGUGGGUUUACAUUCUUUUUUUUGAUAAGAUAAUAACAUUUCCAUGAAUGUGGAUAAGCUGUUACAAUAGAAAAAAGGAUGAAGAAUUAAUAGUAAGAAAAGUUGAGUGUUUAAAGAAAAGAUACAAGAUAAAAAUUUCAAGUGAAGGUUGUUUGAUAAUCAGUCCUGGUUUUAAUUUUACAAUGAGAAGUUUAUUUGGUACUCAAGGUUUUAAGAAUAUCAGUAUUACCUCUUGAAUUUAGAAGAACUUGGCAUUCUGAAAGAAUCAGACUCAUGAUGUAGAAUGUUACACAAAAUGGUGUUAUUAAUACAUUGUUACUCUUGAGUGAGAUGUUUUACUAUAUUGUUUGAAAUAUUUCUUUUAGAAAUACAAUAGUUUGAUCUCUAGUAGUAAUAAAGGUUUUAUAAGCAUGCAUUUCAGAAUUUAAGCUUUUAAAAUCAGCUGUCAUUCACCAACCUUAGAGGUACAUAAAUCUUUAUAGCUUUUAUGAAAUGAAAAGGAAAAACUAUCAAGGUACUGAUAAAUGUAAAUCUCAUUGAGAUUUGUAAACAUAAUGGGAGGAUGACUGUUAUUUAAAGUAUUGUGAAACAGUUUUAUUAAAGCUUACAAAUGCAGUUGGGGAGGAUUUUGAUCAGAAUAUAAAGUUAUUUGUAGUGGAAGAUAGUCCGAUCCUGUAUUGCAAGAAACAAUAAAAUCAUUUAACUUGGUAA